AUGUCAGAUAUAUUUAUGGACACUGAGAUGGAUGAGCAAUACCAGGAAGAUGAUGACAUUAACCAACAAGAAGAGCUACUUGCAUUUGAUUUUUAUCUGAAGUACUCAAAGUCGAAGGGCUUUAGUGCAAGGAAGAGUAAAACUUUCAAGAAUAGUAUUGGCGAAAUUUACAAACAAAAGUUUAUAUGUCAUAGGCAAGGAUUCAGGGAGUUGAAAUAUUACACGAUGAAAAAAAGGAAGAAGGAACCUAGAUUGGAAAUAAGAACUGGGUGUGAAGCCCGAAUGGAUGUUAAAUUUGUACAUGAAACUGGAAGGUGGCAUAUCUUUUAUUUCUCUGAUGAACACAACCAUGAUCUAUUGGAUACACAAUUUAGUGCUAUGUUGCCUGCCCACAGAAAAAUGACAGAGGUAGAUAUUAUGCAAAUGAUGAACAUGUUAAAGUCCGGGAUUAGCACUUCACAGAUGUUUGGUCUUCUAGCUAGUCAAGCAGGCGGGUAUGAAUUUAUUGGCUAUGGUCGCAGAGAUAUGUACAAUGAGAUUGAUCGGCAAAGGCGUCAAGUUCCUGGUGAUGCAGCACGAGUGUUGAAGAAGUUGGAGGAUAUGCGGUUGAAGGAUCUACAAUUAUAUUUCAAGUCUGAUAGGAUUAGCCAACUAGACUACCAACUCUUUGGAGAUGUCAUUCCUUUUGAUGCUACGUACAAGAAGAACAAGUAUAGUUGUUCAUUAGUCAUAUUUAGCGGGGUUAACCACCACAACCAAAUAAUUGUUUUUGCUGCUGCAUUAAUUGUGGACGAAACUACUGAUACAUAUAUUUGGCUCCUGCGUCAGCUCAUGUUUGCCAUGAAGGGUAAGACCCCGACCUCAAUAAUAACUGAUGGGGCCAUGACAAUUAGGAAUGCAGUAAGAGAUGUAUUUUCCGAAGUCAUAUAUAGAUUAUGCGUUUGGCACCUUAUUCGAAAUGCGACUAGCAAUGUUGGAAAUCCAUUGUUUACAUCUAAAUUCAGGAAAAUCAUGUUGAGAGACUACGAGAUUCCCGUGUUUAAGCGUAAGUGGGUUCAGCUUAUUGAAAAAUUUGGCCUUGAGGAUAAGCCGUGGGUGAACAACAUGUAUGAAGAGAAGCAUAUGUGGGCUACUGCAUAUAUAAGAGUUGUGGCAAGGGUGCCCGUCAUGCAGACUUGUAUAGAGCUGCUAGAGAGAUUUGCUGCUGAGGUAUACACUCAUGAGAUAUUUCUAUUGUUUUGGCCAUUUCUUUCUAUAGUUGGAUCAAUGCGGGUGCUAAACAUAGUGAAUAACAAUGAUUGCUCAAAGUACAUUGUGUGUAAGCAUGGAAGGUCCGAUUUUCCGUAG